AUGGUUGGCUACAAACAGGCAUUUGCUAUGUCUCCGGAUGAGGUCCGAGAUGCCACUCCUCCCGGCACUGCCAUUUUAUCGGAGCAGGGGGCGGAGCAUGGCCAGAUGCAAGAGUUACGGCUCGUUCCCCAGCCUUCUUCUGAUCCACUGGAUCCACUCAACUGGACAACCUGGCGUAAGCUUUCUGUACUAAUAUGCAUGUCACUUUAUGCCGGGAUUGGAAACUUCACCUCAGCGUCCAUUGCAAGUGCUUUCCCGUUAUACGCGACUCCGUUGGCUUUUAAUCCUCCUGUGUCAAUCGGGUCGCUGACCCACUUGAUCGCGGUCAAUGUCCUAAUGAUGGGAGCAGCCAACAUAUGGUGGGUGCCGCUGGCCAAUAUAUUUGGUAGAAGACCCAUCAUUCUUGGAAAUAUCCUCCUACUCGUCCUGUGCUCGAUGUGGGCUGGGCUUGCCAAAACAUUUGCAAGCCUCUUGGCAGCUCGCAUUUUUAUGGGCGUUGCUGGAUGUUACACUGUCAGUAUCGCCCUCGGACCGAUCAUUGGGGGAAUCACUGGGGGGUACAUCGCAGGUAACCAGGGCCUUGCAUGGAUCCAUUGGGUUAAUGUGAUCCUGUCUGCUAUCCUGCUGGUUGCAUGCUUCUUCCUUGUACCGGAGAGCCUCUACAAAAGAGAGCGCCUAGUCACUUCCCAUGCCCACGCCCCUGAUGAGACUCCGGAGAACGAAAAAGAACGCAAAGACAAGAGUUCUCAACUCAUCGAAAAUGUGUCACCCGAGUCUAUUGAAUCACCUCACCAACUCCCAUCCACGUUUACUCAUUAUAUGCGAUUAUAUACUUAUCAUGGAGUAUCUGUGCAAAAGUUCCUCGCACCGUGGAAAACCCUCCGGUUACCUGGUGUUUGGCUUGUCAUGCUCUGGUAUGCCGGCCUCGUGGGGGGUGUAGUGACCAUCACAACCGUGGGACCAACUCUGGUUGCUCAGCCUCCAUAUCUAUGGGGAAAUAACGCCGGGUUGAUUAUGGUGGGCGGCAUCUUUGGCGCUAUCUUGGGCUUUGUUGCAACCAACCUGAGCGCAGACCGCAUUGUGACCACCAAAAAGACAUUGCGCGAUGGCCAGUUUGUGGAGCCGGAAGCCCGGUUGCCCAUUGCAAUUCCAGGCCUGCUGCUGGCAACCACGGGUUUAUGGAUUUUCGGAUUCUGUGCACAGAACACGGGCCCACCACACAUGUGGGUUGGGAUGCAGUUUGGCCUAGGAAUGCUGUGUUUUGGCCUGGUUCAAGCACCAUCAAUUGGGUUCAAUUAUAUCAUCGACUCUUACGGUCCUAUUGCUGCAGAUUGCUUUGUUGCAGUCACCUGCAUGAGAGCCAUCAUCAGCUUUUCCUGGACAUUCUUUGCAGGUGAAUGGGUGUCAAGCGCCGGACCCGCCAUUCCAUUUGGCGUUUUUGGCGCCCUGAUGGGGGUAUUUUCACUACUUAUCAUUCCUCAGUGGGGCUGGGGGAAAAGAACGAGAAUUGCAACGGCCAAAUGGAUUCCAACUCAAACCUAA